GUUUUGUCCGUCUGUCUACUUUGCUCAAGCCAGCAAGCACAACGCAGCGAGUAGCUCUGCCCAGAUGGUCGACGCUACCCCGCUCGACACGAGCUGGACGCUGACCCUCCCCACCCUCGACGGCCUCUUCGCGCACCCAGCAGCCUCAUCCUCGAAAAGCAAGUCCAAGUCGCGCCUCCGCUCGUCGCUCGGCGGCCUGACGCGCGCCGUCGGCUCCCUGUUCGCAGGCAGCAGCAGCUCCAACGGCAACGGCAGCAGCGCGCCCACACUCCCCUCGGCAAGCACGCUCGACCCCGUCGUCAGCCUAGCGCAUAGCCCCGACCCCGUGGACGGCAAGGCGCUUAUCGCCGCCCUCCGCGCCGUGGGCGCGUUUGCCACCGACCUCCGCGCGGCCGUCGCCUCGCUCCAGGAUGACGCGGACGUGAACGACGACGGCGAGGACGCCGAGAUCGAGAUCGUCAUCGCGACGGGCGAGAUGCUUCUCGCCUUCCUUUGCGGCGCGGCGCUGUGCGCCCGCUUCCUCUGUGCGUGUGGCGGCACGCCGAUCACCGACAACAGCGACGCUGCCGACGACGCCGACGCCCUGCGCCGCGACAUACACGCCGCACUUCGCCAGUGCCUCGAGGGCACGUUUAUUCUCCUCCCGACCCUUCGCGCCCUCCAUCACCCACCACCAAACGUCACGGCUGCCGUGCUCGCCGUCGAGCGGGCUGUCCUCGGGUCCCUCUUCCCCGACGCGGAGCCGAGUGAACCGACGGUGGUGGCGCCUUCCUUCGCACCGAUCCUAGAGCACGCGCGAAGCCUUGUCGAGAGCGUCAACGCCGCCGCAAGGCUCAACACGGGACGCACGCGGCGGAACUCUGCCUCUGCGCCGUUCGACCAGACUGCCGCGGCGCGGGCACACGCCCUGCUGGGGAUCUACGCCGGGUGUGUUGCGGGUGUCGAGCGGCUGCCUUCCCCCGCCCAGCAGGAGAGCGUGCUCGACUCGAAGCACCGUGCCGAGCGCGAGCGGUGUCGUUCGUUCCGUGUGGCGCUCGAAGUCAACCUCCUCGCCACCGACCUCGCCUUCAGCUUGGUCUCGCUGUCCAUGGACGCCGUUACGCGCCGCGCGCAGGAGCUCCUGACCGCAAGCGACGACGAGGGAGACCGCGAGGAGGACGACGACGACAUUGCAUGGGAGGACAAGGCCGAAGCAGGGCUGGUCUCGUGCCUCAGCGCAGCGACCGAGCUCAUCCAGCACCACCGCAGCGGCGUGCUCGUCGACGAGCUGGUGCGCGAGGACUGGUUGGGCGUUGACGACAGCGACGAGGCAGACGACGAGAGUGACGGAGAGGACGGGCACCACCAGCAUGGCAGCACAAACGGUGUAAACGGCACGAGUAACGGGAACGGACACUACGCCUCGGAUGACGAGGACGACGAGUACGACGACGACGAGACGGCGUCGACGUCGACUCGCCAGAGCGAGCUCGAGGGCCCGCCGACGCCGCUGCGCACCUUGUUCACCCUGCACGACCAGUACGAGGAGCAGCGUGUCGGCGUGUGGAUGCAGCUCGCGCCCGAUCUCCGGCCCAAGAUGGGCGCCUUCCUGCGCGGCGCGGACGGGCACCUCCGGCAGCAGUGGUACGAGUUUGGCGCGGCCCUCCUGCUCGACUUUAGCCCCGACGACCUGCUCGACUACGGGCUGUCGCGCGACAAGCUCGACAAGCUCCUCGACGGGGGCGGCGACAAGAAAAAGAGCCCCAGCAAGCGCGGGCGGAGUCGCAAGUAGAUGCCCGGUGCUCACGCAAGAUUUAACGACGAGACGAUAGUUCAUCCGGCCCGCGCCGAGCGCAUACAGAGUGGCCCAUAAUAUCUGAGAGAGAGGAGCCCGAGGGGAGGGGCAUUGCAUAUGAUUAGAGUGUGAUGCUACGAGUGCAUGGUGA